AUGAAUCUGCAAGCUUUUGAGAGUUUAGACUCUGUGCCGAUAGUGAGAUACUCGAAAAGCGAAUUUGAACAUUUGAGAGACUUGUCAAUAGCAAUUAACAGUGAGAUGACACUCAAGCUUCUCACAAACAUUACAGAAAAAUUGAAGAUCACAUCCCCAAGCGACAUUCUACACAACGAAUCCAUCGCCAUUGAAUGUUUGUCAACAUAUGUGAUGGUCCUUACAUCCGAAAAAGACAGUGGCAUUGUCAUUCACAUCAUGCAAAGUCUUCGAGUUAUUUUAAGUGUAUUACCUCGUUACAAAUACUUAGACUUCAUUAGCACACUACUCUCAACAUUAAACAAACUGGGCCUUGUAACCGACAACCGUGUGUUAUUUGAAAGAGUUCUGCUUGAACGAGAGUGUGUUUCGAUGCUUCAAAUACAAGGAAAUGGCCCUUUACUACUUCGGUCGAUGAAUGGGAUGGUUCAAAUCAUUACAUAUUCCGAAGAAACAAAACAAGUGAUAUUAGGAGAAGCUGCUUGUGAUAGCUUUACAGCGUCGUGGUUGUGUGUUUUGAAACAAGUUGACAGCAACUCGGAGAAGGUAGUUGUCAUUAUGUUGCGCUCCCUCUGUGAAAUUUUUUCGAAGAAAGCGUGCACCACAUUGCGUCGAGCCGCUCUUGGUAUUAUUCGGAGUGCGGUGCAAUAUAAAAAUGUGAGGCAAUGCCCUAUAGUGCUUGAAAUUAUCAACCAUCAAAUCUUCGGAUCGAUACUCAAGUUUCUUCAAAUUCCAUCAUUACUGACAUUACCAAUAGCAACUGAUGUUUUGGUCACUUUAAAUUGCUUGGUUGGAGAGUUGUAUGAUUACUUAGGAAGAGGGCUUGAGGCUUACAUUUGUUUUUUGGUGCAAUGUGUCAUCUCAACAGCAGGGAAAUAUGAGGAACACGUGAAAAACACGAGCAACACUACGGAAGUGUUUGGGAUGCUUAUGCAGUGUCUUGUUGAUUUCUGUGCAAUACCAAAUAUCGCGUGUUGGUGUUUCUACAACUUCGACUUGAUGCCAUCCCGACUGUCUGUGUUGACGUUAUUGAUCUCUUCAUUUGAACUCAUUGUGGAGAUCCCAAAGUUGAAUUCGGCGAAACAACUGUUGGCGAUGAUGCUUCAAUUGCUUUCAUUUAAUUCCAUUGAAGGCGUGAAUGACUCUGAAGAAUUAAAAAUACCAGAAAAACUCAAAUUGAAGCAAAAAGUCGAGAAGAUCGCCGAGAAGUCGAAUGGCUCAAUUGAAAAGGCAAUGAAACAAUAUGAAGAAGAGGGGUAUGGGGUGUGUCCAAGUGUUGUCGAUUUGCUCAGAAACAUCAAUGGAAUCAACAAAACAGUUUUGACGAGUUAUUUACUCAAACGGAUGAAGGACAACCCAUCAGAACUGAAGGAAGUGAUUGGAUUAGUAGAAAUGGAAGGAAAGAGUUUAAUGGAAGCAUUUUGGUUGUUUACUGAACAAAUUCAAUUGCCAGAAGCUGUUUCUGAGAAACAAGCAUUCAUUCGAGUAUUUUCUGAGUUGUACUUAGAGAAGAACAAACAAGAGGAGUCUCUAGAAACUAUCGAUGGCUUAGUGUUCUUGAUGAGAACGGCUUGUGUCACCAAUUACUGUAUCUUUACGGAGUCUGUUUGUUAUCUUUUAGAACUAUAUGUUUAA